GAGGAGCUAAUGGCCUUCCUUUCUUUCUCCAUUGCUACCCUUUCCUCGGGAACUGCAGAAGGUGUCCAUCACCAUCCUGGAUGAGAAUGACAACCGGCCAGAGUUUGACAUCACGUCGGACACGUCGGUGAGCAUCCUGGAGAACACCCCCAUCGGAGUGAAGGUGGCCACGGUCCUGGGGAGGGACAAGGACGCUGCGGCCAACGGGAUGGUGAACUUCACCCUGGUGGCGGGGAACAUGCAGGACGUGUUUGAGAUCCGGACGGUGAACCACACCUACGGGGAGGUCUACGUCAACUCCCCACUCGACCGCGAGUCUGUGGACCGCUACCUGCUCAAGGUGCGGGCCAUGGACAACGGCGCCCCCCCCAGGUUCACGGACCACUCCCUCACCGUCAACAUCCUGGACGUCAACGACAACGCGCCCGUGGUGGAGAGCCGGCGGGGCUACAACGUCAGCGUCAGCGAGAACGUGGGCGGGGGCACCUCUGUCAUGCGCGUGGUCGCCACGGACCGCGACAUCGGCCCCAACGCCAUGCUGUUCUACUACAUCACCGCCGGCAACCAGGACCUCACCUUCCGCAUGGACCGCAUGACGGGCGAGAUGGUGACGCGCCCGGCCCCCCCCGACCGCGAGCACCAGCAGGAGUACCGGCUGGUCGUCACUGUGGAGGACGACGGCGAGCCCCCGCUGUCGAGCCAUCUGCUGGCCACAAGGAGUACUGCAGCCCGCAACGACAGGAUGCCCUGCUGCGUCAACAGGAAAACCACACCAGAGCCAAAUGUGCAAGAAAAGGGAAGAAUGCAGCAACUUCCUGCAAAGAUGGCAGCAGUGUUCACCAGAGGCACAGGACCGGAACAACCUUGUUACAGAGCUAAUGGCUCCCAGGCCGACCCCAGCUGCCCGGCCUUGUGUAGUGAUGGCUUUGGACACCAGCCAGGGGAGAAGUGA